UAGGAGGGGGCGCAGAUGCUAUAUAAGCCAGGGCUCACCACUAUCCAGCAUUCAGUGUCCAGUGUGAGGACGAGAAAGCAGGAACUUAACUUUGUCGACUUGAACCGCACUACGACAAAACUUUACAUCAGAAUGAAAGUAUUCGUAUGUUUAGCUGCAUUAGUGGCAGUGGCUCUUGCGAUGCCAGUGGAUGUGCCAGAAAAAAACAAAGAUGUGAAGGAACAAGUUCCACUUGUCAUCACUGACUACUCUUCAGUUGUAAAGGACGAGCAGAAGAAAGUGGAAGAGCCUGUAAAAGCAGUUGAGGUUGAAAAACCUGUUGUAUUGCCAGCAAAGGAAGAGGUUAAGAAAGAUGAAGUGACUGAGCAAGUAAAUAAGGCCGAAGAAAAACCAGAAGUGGUGAAACCUGUAGAAGAACCGAAACCUGUGACCCAACAGCAGGACGUUAAGGCCGAAGUCCCAAAGAGUGAUCCAAAGCCUGAAGUGAAAGAAGAAGUCAAGAAGGAUGAACCUAAAGAAGAGAACAAGGAAGUCGUUAAGGAAGCAUCAAGCAAUGUAUCAGAGAAGAAAACAGAAGCACCUGUUCCUGUUGUUGCAGCUCAAGAGACAGAGGUUAAAACUGAUGACAAAGUCGUCGACAGUGUAAAAGCUGAAGUUACUCCAGAAGAGCCUAAACCAACUGAAGUCAAACACGAAGAACCCAAAAAAGUUGAAGAGAAAGUGGAAGAACCCCAGAAGGAAGAACAAAAAGAAGAUAAAAAAGAGGAGCCUGCCAAAGAACAAGUUUCAGUACCAGAAAAAAAAGAAGAAGUAGUCAACAAAGAAACUGUUAAAUCGGACCAAGUUGUUAAAGAUGAUGUUCCACACGUCACCCCUGUUGAAGAAAAGAAAGAAGUGAAAGAAGAACAAAAAGAAGAGGUUAAAGAGAAAGAAGAGAAAGUCACUCCUGCUCAACCUGAAAAAACAGAAGAAGUCAAGAAAGAAGAAAGCAAGGUCGAAGAAAAGAAAGAAGUAUUGACAAAUGAAAUGAAAGAUGAAGGCAAAGAGGAAAAGAAGGUAGAAAAGCCAGUAGCAGACAAAGUAGUCGAUGACAAGAGGAACAGGCGAGAAGCAGCAAAGGACAAAACCGAAGAAAAGAAACCCACUGAAGUGAAAAAAGAAGACCUCAAGAAGGAAGAGAAGAAACCAAAGACGGACGGUGAUAAGAAUCACAAGGAACAUUCUGAGGAACCAGUCAAAUCGGAAAAACAAUAAAGGAAUCGGGUUUUUUAAUUAUUUUAAAAGUUCUUUUAGUAUCCUCCCUGCCCUAUUGGAGAUCACAUGAACUCUUCUAGUGAGGGAGGGACUGAGUGCUCUCGGGCACAAACACAGACUGAGUGGCGGGAUCAAGGACAUUUCUUAUUCCACCCAACUUAGUGAUCAAUGAAAACUUUAAAGUGUGAAUUGUAUUUAAUUCUUACUUAUUAAAUAAAUUGUUCUGAUUUUUUUUAUAAGAAUAA